AGACGGAACCCCGGAUGGUGUAAGCUGUUCCCGCCGCUGGACGGCCGCCGACACGUGCAGCCCGCCAGCUCGCCGCGCGUGCGCCGUGACCAAGCACCAAGCCCGCCUUCGUCUUCGCCGCGCUCCCGCCUCCGUGCACGGUCCCAGCGCGCGCGCAGCCCCACACGGGCACACGUGCUCCACUGCUGCCGGAGCCCUGCGGCGCCCGGGGAGUUGAUGGUUGAUUCCCUCCCGCCCCUUCGUCCAGGUCCCUUCUCCGGUGACGACACCAGGUCGCGUCGCACCGGCCAUGGCCGCGGGCAACACGUCAGCACGGCACAGAGUUCAGCCUGGCACUGAAUCGCCUGCCAGACGGAGGCCAGGAGGCGGCAUUUGUGCAGCUCUUCGCCAAUUCGUAGCAUUUGUGCAUUUCUUCGCCAAAAUGAAAAAGGAAGCGCGGCUGCAGGCCGUACGGAAGAGCGCGAGGGAUCAUCACGGAGGCUCCAUGGUUGCAUCCACGUUGAGCGAGAGGCAAGAAAGCCGGGAGCGGAUUCCGGCGGGGCGUCUAUGCUGUGCAGGUGGAAAGGUAGGCGAGCGGAAGGUGUUUGGGGAAAUGCCGCUGCCAGUGAGAGUCUCCCGGAGCGCAGCUGGUGCGUUGGCUCGCCAUACCAUCAGCAUGGUGAACCAUUGCCCUUGUUGUAUGCCACAAGUGAACUGCGAAUGGAGUUAAAUUGCAUUGGCCGUCAGUUGGUGUCAGUAGAGGUUGAAUGGUUCUGCAGUGCCAGUGUGUGCUGAAAUUCUGCAAGACUUAAGUCAAUUUGGUCCUUCAGAUGCUGCUGGCACAAUAAAAUGAGCUCGACGCGUUUGUGGAAAUGCCACAACCUACCAGAGUACCAUAUGUUUCGUAGAGAAGAGAGGCCAGUAAGCUGUGGUUCAGUUUCUGCGUUCAAUGGAGUUGAUACCAUUCGUGGAAGUCAACAGCUCGAAUAUGGCCAUUCAAGUCAUAUCAUUGGACAUUCAGUGCUUCGGGUGACUGGGUCAAUAGUGAACGGCCAUAUUUUCUCAAUUGGUCACUUUCGGUUCACUGUCAAAGUCAGUGUCUUUUGAAGAAGUUAGCUCCCAGGUACUUUGGCUUCAUUUCAGGAAGCUCGGUCUUCUUCCUCUUCUAGCGUCUCUAAGGUAGGCCUGCCAGAAAACCAACCGCGAAGAAGAUGGCACUGUGGAAUGCAGUGAGUCAGGUGGCCACCGUCACGCAGCUCGCUGGGGUCGAUGCCUAUGGGCUGAUCUCGAUGAUCGUGGAGGCUGCGCGGACGGUUAAGAGGAACCGGGAGAUCUGCCAGCUGCUGGCACGCCGUGCAAGGAUGAUAGGGGACCUUCUGCAGCAGCUUGAAAGGACACAGCUGAUGCAGCACAUGGAGACGAGGAAUCCAGUGGAGCAGCUAGAGGCGACGCUUCGGCACGCGUACGUUCUCAUCGCGUCCUGUCGUGAUGGUAGCUAUCUGUAUAGCUGCUGUAUGGGAGUGAAGCGGGCUGAUCAGCUCCGUGAGGUGCAGAAUGAGAUCACCUUCUACCUCCAGCUUUUCCCCCUUGUCAGCUUUGUCGACAACACCCGAAGUUGGGAGCAGCUUCUGAGCAGGGCUUGUCCUUUGUGCUCAAGGGAAGCUACAGAUGAUUUACAUGCAGUACAUCGUGUGGAACAUGAAGAUAGGCUCGGAACAGAGGCCCUCAUGGCCAAUGGAUUUGAAAAUUUGGGAACUCAUCCUCCCUCAAAAUCCGAGGAAGAGAAAACAGAAGGCCAAGUCAUGAACAUGAGAGGAUUAGCAAAUCUCAUUGGCGGUGCAAAAGGAGCAGAAUUAUUGCAUUUUAGCUUCUCUCAGAUUUUGGCUGCUACAGACAACUUAUCAGAUGGAAAUUUGGUGGGAAAUGGUGGAUUUGGCUGUGUUUACAAGGGCAAACUCUCUAAUGGUGUUGAUAUCGCAGUCAAAAGACAUGAUGUGUCUUCAUUUCAAGGUCCACAUGAGUUCAGAACUGAGAUUGAAUCUAUUCCAAAUCUUCGGCAUAGAAACAUAAUUUCUCUACUUGGGUGUUGUGUUCAAGCAGAAGAAAGCAUACUUAUAUAUGAAUACAUGCCAAAUAAAUGCUUGGCAUCUAUCAUUGCUGAUGAAACAAAAAGGGAGUUGCUAAAUUGGUCUAAGCGUCUUCGAAUAAUCAAAGGGAUAGCAGAUGGUCUUGUUUAUCUGCAUGGGCAUUCUCAGAUGUGUAUUGUGCACAGGGACAUAAAAGCAAGCAACAUCCUGUUGGACCAUGAAAUGAAUGCUAAGAUUACUGAUUUUGGUCUGGCACUAAUGUUGGCUCCAAAUACGAGUGCAGAGGUGGUUGUUAUGGGCACAUAUGGUUAUGCAGAUCCUGAAUAUGUUGCUACUGGAGUUAUCUCAGAGAAGGCAGAUGUAUAUGGUUUUGGUAUAGUACUUCUUGAGAUAAUAAGUGGAAAGCUUUUUCGGUCCCAUAAAUUGGAGGCGAAGGGCUAUCCAGGGCUUCCACUUCCUGAUUAUGCACACAAGUACAAAGCGGAACUAUUGCUACACAAGCUUGUUGAUCCGUUAUUGCAUGCAGAAGAGCACGAAAGCUCUCAGAUAAUGGAAUGUCUGAAGGUGGCGCUGUUAUGCAUUCACCAUCUUGCCAAGCAUCGGCCUACCAUGUCGGAAGUUGUUACCAUGCUUGGCAGAACGUAGCACCCUGGCAAUAGAUCAUCAGCCUGUUGGUGAGACUACAUCCGGUUGUACUUUUGGAAGAACCACAGGGAUAGUUGCUAUAACCAAAGUGUCAUGUAAUAAACUACUGCAACUAAUGUUUCUUUUCCAUAGACCUGUAUGGAGAGAGUAAGUAUGUGAUCAUGAUCGUGUGAACACCACCGAGAGAUAGUUGCAGUC